AUGGCUUCCACCAUUACCAAAGACAUCGUUACAGAGAUUCCCACCUGGAUCCGGGUCUUCAGAGAUGGCACCGUUGAACGACCAAGAAAUUUUCCAAUCGUGCCACCCUUACUUGAUGACCCAAAAACUGGAGUCUCAUCCAAAGACAUUGUCAUCUCACAAAACCCCACAAUCUCUGCACGCAUUUACCUUCCAAAGUUCGCCCCUGAGAAAGUGAAACUUCCCAUCUACGUUUACUUUCAUGGGGGUGGGUUCUUCUGUGAAUCUGCUUUCUCCAAACUCUUCCAAGAUCAUUUCAUCAAGUUGGUCCCUUUAGCAAACGUUAUAGUCGUUUCAGUUGAGUAUAGGAUUGCUCCGGAGCACCCUCUCCCAGCAUGUUAUGAUGAUUGUUGGGCCGCACUACAAUGGGUCGCAUCCCAUUCUACCGAAAACCCCACGAACACAGAGCCAUGGCUGAUUGAACAUGGUGAUUUCAACAGAGUUUUCAUAGGUGGUGAUAGCGCUGGUGGUAAUAUUACACAUAACAUGAUUGCUUUCCGUGCUUGUGCUGAGGCUUUGCCUGGUAAUGUUAAAAUAUUAGGUGCUAUUUUAGCCCAUCCCUACUUCUAUGGUUCAAACCCAAUUGGGUCAGAACCUGUUACAGGACUUGAACAUAACUUAUUCUAUUUGGUUUGGAAGUUGGUGUACCCAUCCGCGGAGGGUGGGAUUGAUAACCCCAUGAUUAAUCCUUUGGCUCCAGGGGCACCUAGCUUGGCUGGACUUGCUUGUUCUAGAAUGAUUGUGUGUGUUGCUGGUAAGGAUGGUUUAAGGGACAGAGGGGUUUGGUAUUAUGAGGCUGUGAAGAAGAGCGGUUGGCAAGGGAAAGUAGAACUCUUUGAAGAGAAAGAGGAGGAUCAUGUUUAUCAUUUGUUCAAUCCAGAAUCUGAGAAUGGCGAUAAAUUGAUCAGGCGUAUGGCUUCUUUACUGCAGGAGUAG